AUGGACUUCUUGAAACCUGAGACUGUCUUAGACUUGAAAAACAUCCGCGAUGAAUUGGUGAGAAUGGAAGAUACCAUUAUCUUUAAAUUCAUCGAGAGAUCGCAUUUCCCAACCUGCCCAGCAGUAUACAGAGAAGGUGACGCCAACCUUCGUAUUCCCGAGUUUGAAGGCAGUUUUUUGGAUUGGGCCUUGACACGCACUGAAAUGACACAAUCACAAUUGAGAAGAUUCGAGUCGCCAGACGAAACGCCCUUUUUCCCUGACCAGAUCUUGAAGCCAAUUCUCCCCAGCGUACAGUAUCCCAGAGUGUUAGCAUCUUACUCGCCAGAGAUCAAUAUCAAUGGCGAGAUCAAAGACGUCUACAUCAACCAAAUAACCAAGCUUAUCUCAAAGUACGACGGGGAGAGCUGGGAGAACCUGGGAUCGGUGGCUACCAUCGAUAUCGAGUGUUUACAGAGUCUUAGCAGAAGAAUUCACUUUGGGAAAUUCGUUGCUGAGGCCAAGUUUCAGGCCGACCGUCCCCUGUACACGAAAAUGAUCCGCGAAAGGGAUAUCGAGGGAAUCUAUGAAAACAUCACCAACAGUGCUGUGGAAGAGAAGAUCUUAAAAAGGCUGUGCGUUAAAGCCGAGGUCUAUGGAGUGGAUCCCACAAACAAAGAGGGGCAGCGGAAGAUCACGCCCACGUACUUGGUAAAGAUUUACAGAGACCUGGUGAUUCCUUUGACCAAGAAGGUCGAAGUGGACUACCUACUCCGUAGACUAGAAUGCGAAUAG